UUAAAACCAGACGUUCGUAAUCGUGCCGUAUCGUUAUCAUUACCAUUAUCAUUAAUAUUUCAAAAGAAUUUAGUUAUUGUUUCUGCAGUGUCCGAAGUGAAAUUUGAGACCAUAUUUCCAAUUAUGCAACGCUUUUCUAUUUCCACGUAUUUAGCAACGUAUACUCAAAAUUAGUUUUCAUACUGUAUUUCAACACUGAAACGAGAUUCGUUUGUGGCACAAAUAGUCAAAAAGGAUUAUUGCCAAACUCCAUCGAAUAUAUAUAAACAUUCUUGCACCUUGCUUUUGCAACAAUUCACCCUCUCUAUAAAUUCAAAAUAUUUGAGCUGAACUUUUCUGGAAUAAAUCGAAAGCGUUGAAAAAUGGCUACAAAGAAAACUGUGUUACCAAUUGUGAGCAAAGUCUACUGUGCACCUACCGAGGUGGUCCUCGCCGUGAGGCGGCGGCCCAACGUGGCCAACGGUGGCGGCUUCGUGGUGGCCGACCCGACCCAACGGAUCGUGUUUCGCGUCGACGGCUGCGGAGUCCUCGGCAAGAAAGAUGAACUCAUUCUCAGAGAUGGAGAUGGAAAUGCUCUGCUGCUCAUCAGGCGUAAGGGAGGAACAAUUGAGGCACUAAGCCUAACAAGGAAAUGGAAAGGGUUCGCGUACGACUUCGUAGGAUCCGACAAGCUCGUUUUCACCUUAAAAGAGCCGAACUCGUGUUUUUCGGGGCAAAAUAGGAUCCGAAUCUCCAUCGAAUCCAAGGAGCUGUGCAGCCACGGAAGCUUCGAGGUGCACGGCGACUUUCCCGGCCGCUCUUGCACCGUCGUCAGCCCCAUGGGGGACGUCGUCGCACUCAUUGGUGUAAAUAAGGAGUUGCAGCGAUUGAUGAGGAGCAGAGAUAUGUAUCAUGUGGAAAUAAAGGCAGGAUUCGAUCAAGCGUUUGUUUUCGGAGUGAUUGCUGUUCUUGACUACAUAUACGAUGGAUCUACUAGGUGUUGACUGUUGACCACUUUUAUUCAAAUAAUUCAACGUUUGCUAAACACUAAGAAUAUGUUCAUAUUCGUUGCGUUGAUGCUAUUUAUAGUCAGUCGAUCUGUGUUUUUUUUUCUUUUUCUUCUCCUUUUUGGAAUAUUAGUCGAUGGAUGCAUUUGAUGUUUCGAGGGGAAAAAAAGUUUGUUUAUCCGUUUGUACUUUAUUUCUUGUUAUUCAGAGGUGGGAUUCACUUGCCCAUAAUUUUUUAUGUGUUGUAAUAAUAUAUUUUUAUAAAAAGAAUUAGAAAAACAUUAUAUGUUA